GUUUGAACCAGCGGAGGAGUUGACGGAACGGCGUUGGGCUCGGGAUCGUGGUCGUGACUGUAGAGCUGAGCCCCGGGCUCGGGCGCUGGUCGUGUAUCACUAAAUGGCUUCAAUGCAGUGUGACCCUCGGCUGCUGCUGGAAGAACAAGUGAGGAAACUCUCAGAAGACCUUUCUCAGUGUCAGGCUGAUAAAGAAUUUGUGUGGUCAUUGUGGAAGCGUUUGCAGGUGGCAAAUCCUGAUCUCACACAGGCCAUCAGCUUGGUUCUAGACAGGGAAAAAUUGAAAGCUGAGGCCAAGGACAGAAGAGUUUUAGAGAUCCUCCAAGCUAAAGAUGACAAGAUACAAGAACUUGAGCAGCAGGUUAGAUGCCAACAGAAGGAAAUAAACAACCUAAUUCAACGGAAAAUUGCUGUCGAUGACAACAUUGCAUUAGUGCAGAAGGAAGUGACUGAUUUGAAGGAAAAGCUCAAAAAGAAAAGCCAGGAUUGUAAGGAUGCUAAAGAACGUGCAAUGAAGGUUGAGGAGAAAACUAGUCUGCUUCUGAAAAAUCUGGAGGAAGAAAAGCAGGGAUUAAGCGUACGCUGCUCUGACCUGCUAAAUGACCUGGAGAAGCAGGCAGCCCAGUGGAAGGAAGAGAAGUCUGACAUUGACUCCAAAGUAAAGUUAUUGGAAGAUGAGCUACAAGGAACCAGGAAUCAAGUGAAAAACAUGUACAACAAAUGUAAUGAGUUGUCAUCUCACCUUGAGCAUCAGCAAAGGGAACUGUCUGUAAAGGAUGGCGAAGUGAUUAAAUUCAGGCAAGAGUUACAGGAUUUACAGUGUUUAUACAAGGAAAGCAUUGAACAUGCAGCCCAGCAAGCUGAGGUCAUCAAGCAGCUACAAGCCCUCAACCUGGAUACGCAGAAAGUCCUGAGGAAUCAGGAAGAUGCUCAUGCCUUGGAGUCUAGGUCUUAUCAAAAGCACUACAGUGAGCUGAACGUGCGAUAUGAAGCAUUGAAAUCCAGUGAGGCACAGCAUCAUCAAAAACACCUCUCCUUGACAGCUCAACUAUAUCAUAAGGAGCAACAGAUAAACCAGCUUCUUGGAAAGCUACAGCAGGCUUUAGAUUCUAAGCAAACAGUGACAAUUAGGACUACUGCUGAUUGUUUGGAGCAGAUGCACCAUAAUUCCUCCAGUGAUUUAGAGUACCUAGUUACGACUCAGAGGUCCGAAAUAAAGUUAUUGAAGGAGAACCUGAAAGAAACAAGUGGAAAAUUAAUGGAAUGUGUUGCUGAUGACAAACUGCUGGAGCUGACGUUUGGUACUAGAGAACGGAAAAGGCAGAAGGAUCUGUCUGUGAAACGUUCCAGAUCUCUAUCUCCAAGGAGCUGUACUGGAGAAACAGAGGAAUGGAUAAAAUUAAACAAAACAGAACAAAAGAUUGAGAGCCUUGAGAAACUUUUAAAAAUGAAGGACAAAGAGAAUGAGGAAUUGAAGAGAGCUCAUGACCAGCGACUGGAGCGUCUACGAGCUUUACAGAGCAGCUAUAGAACGCUUAAGGGCCAACUAAAGAACCUGGAAGGGGAACAAAUCAAAAAUAAAAGCGGCAAAAGCAAAAUACAGCGUGCUGAGCCCUGGCAGUUGCGGCAAGAAGACUGUGAUGGUGUAUGGAAUGAACUAGCAUACUUCAAACGGGAACACAGAAAGCUAUUGACUGAAAAUAUGAACCUUGGUGAAGAGCUGGACCAGUUGAGGGUGCAGUCUGCUACGGACAAAGUUACCAUUCAAGAACUGUCCAUAUGCCUGCAGCGAGAGCGAGAAGAGCUCCUUAUCAGACUUGAUGGAGAUGAAGGAGUGAAAUGCAGCACACCCAAAACCAGGACCAAAGGGAAGUUGGAGCAGUCAUUAAAAAAGAUUAACCAUUUGGAAAAGAAGCUGAAAACCAUUCAGAGGGAUGCCAAAGACCUGACAGAAACGAACGAAGAAUUGAUUCAGGCCAAAGUUUUAUUGCAAACCGCCUACAGCAAACUUCAGACUGAAUCUGACAACCAAGUUAUUGAAAUAAGAGAACUGAUGAAGGCAAAUCAACAAAUUAUGCGAGAGAAAAAUGAGCUGGCUACAAUGAUAGAAGAAUUGAAAACAGAAACUUCCUCUCUAAAGAGGCAAGUAGCGGACAGAACAAAACUAAAAAAUGAAAAUAAGGAUUUAUUAUGGAAAAUACAGGAGCUACAGCAAGCACUUGAGUCUAAGACUGUUCCCACCAAAACCAAAACUGCAGAGAGAGCAGGCAGUGGCAGCUGUGCGUGCAAAACAGUGGGCUACAACCCCAGAACAAAAAGAAGGAAAAACAUUUCCCUCAAACAGUACCAGCGUUUUCUCAACCGAUCCAUCAAGGAGAUGAGCAGAGUCUUUGAGCACUUCAGUAAGGAUGGAUGGGAAGAUGUAACUGGAGCCAGUGACACCGAGGAGACUGCUGCUGAGAGUCUGGGAGAAAUGAUAGCAAAGACGACUCAGGAAAGGACUCCACCAGCAGCAAGAAAUCCGGCAUGUUCUCAAGAAACGAAAAAGCAAAGAAAUCCAUGGCUGAGAACAAUGAAAACUGAAACAAAAAUUGCUGUACCACAGUUUCAUUCAAAAGUGAGGAAACAGAAGACUAGAAUGCUUGCCCUACCAAAGCAAAGUAUUUCGAUCAUUGCCUUACAGCAGCGUCUAAUAUCACUGCAGCAACAAAUUGCUGUUACUCAGAAUGGAAAAAAAGCAGCCUUAAAUGCUGUCAAUGAACUGAAGCAGAACAAUCAAAAAUUAACAGCCCAGUUGACUUCGGUGAACCAGAAACUUCAAGUCAACAAACAGACAAUUCAGAAGUUAACAUUUGACCUCACGGAGCUGCAGCACCAGAAGGAUGCACUGGACAAGAAAUUGAAUCAAAUGGUAGAACAACAAGCUCUUGUCACAAGGUCAGCAGAAGAGAAUUCAUCGUUAGCUUCCAGUCAGGCUCUGAAUACUCCAGCUACACCUCGCAAACCAAUAGAAGCAGAACUGAAACAGCUGCAGAGUAAAUUGAAGAAUGCAACAAAUGAGAUUUCAAAGCAUUUAGCUAUGAACAAAACUCUAAAAGCUGACCAGCAAGAAAAGGAUGAACAGAUUCAACAACUGCAGGAAAGGAUUGGACGUAUGGAAAGAGAUAUCAGCAUGAAACGACAGCUAGUGGAAGAUCUUAAGUUAAAACUGAAAACAAAUCAGGACAAUGAUAAAAUGUAUAAAGGAUUGUUGGAAGAUAUGGAAAAGAAGGUAAGGAUACUGACUGAAGAAGGCUCUACCAGAAAGGCACUUACAGAGUCACUAAAGCAAAGACUUAAUGUUGUGACAAAAGAAAAAUCAGCCUAUGAGGAAAUGCACCAUAAAACCACUGGAGAAUUGGACAGAAAGAAUCAGAAACUGAAUGAUCUUAAAAGGAAAAUGAUUGAGGCUGAAUCAGCAAUGACGGAACUGGAGUUAGCAGCAUCACAACAGAUGCAUGGACUGGCCAUGCAAAGUGAACAGGCUCUCGCAGGCAUUCAGAAGAAACUCACUGUUGCUAAUAAAAGAGUGGAUAAAUUUAUUACAUUCAUAAAGACUUUCGCCAGUGAGAUGUGCAAAGAAAUUCAAGACAGGAGAACCCAAUUGAAAAGAGCAAAGGUGAAACAUAUCAGUCAUGAAGGUCUUUCAAAAGAGUCUAUUAACAAAGCCCAGUCCAGGGCAGCAUCCAUCCUGAAUAUUUCACAAAGUGAUUUGCAAGAUAUUUUGAAUCUUGAGGAUGAAGUGGAAGCAGAAGAAAAUAAAAAAGCUUUGCAGAAAGAUCAGAAUUGGCUGGCUGAAAUACAGAGGAUUCUGGAAGGCCAGCUUCCUUGUGUUUCAAGUUUAAUAGAAGCAAUGCUGGAAAAGAUAGCAGAGAAAGAAAAACUAGCAGAAGAAUAUGCCUUGCUAUCAAAAGAAGUAAGCUGAAAGCCUUAUGUAAUUCCAUCUGUGGCUAAUACGUUACAAACAAAACCAAAUCCCAUCGUGUAAUUAGAACACACAGAGGCUUUGUAAUGUUCUACAUUAUUUUAACAUUUGAUUCUACAAA